AUGUGUUUUCCACCCAGGAAACAGACAGAACAUCGGCGGAAACCCACCGACGACACUACCUGGAGUUUCGCCCUCUACGUCCGCAACUACGGAGUCGGGGACAAGUGGACACCUGGUAAAGUCAAGUCUACCACAGGUGCCCGGUUGGUGACUGUUCAGACGGAUGAAGGUGUGGUUCGCAGACACACGGAUCAAGUGCGCAAGCGUUCUGCCGACACAUCCGGGACCCCAUCCGCCGAACCCCAGGAAGACCCGAUGCCCACAGAGGAGAGGGCGCUGGAUUCCAGUACCACGUCGGACGGCUCAGAAGCCCCGCCCCAACUGCGGCGUUCCACUCGUACGAAGAAGCCGGUAGAGCGCUACGGUUAUUAA